AUGAACUCUUCAGCCAUGGAUCAAAUAGUAGAUUGGUCUCAACUCCCCAUAGAGCUAUGGCCAAUGAUAGGAAAAUAUCUUGAUAAUCACAUAGAUGUCCUCAGAUUUCGCAGUGUUUGCGAAUCAUUUCGUUCUUCCAUCCCUCCUUCUCUUCCAAAUUCUCCUUCUUUUCCAUUACAAAUACCUCACCCCAUCCACAUCUCCCUAAUCACUCACCUCAACCAAUCAACCAUUUAUCUUAUUGAACCAACUGAUGCAAGUUUCAACUCCAACUCACCAUCUUCAUCUUCCAAAGGUUGGUUGAUUAAGGUACAAGAAUCAAAGAACCAACCCUUGAGUUUGUUGAGUCCUAUCUCUGACCGAAACUUUUCCUACCCUCCAAGCAGUGACAGUACUUCUCUUAUGCCAUUGAACUUGUUAAGAUAUAGAGUCAUUGAAAUAUGCAAAUCAUAUACAAUUGAAAACAUUACACGUUUUGCAAGUUCUGUUCGCAAAGUUGUGUUCUAUCCUAACUCUCCUUGGACUAAUGUUGAAGAUUGUGUUUCAUUUUGUAUCUUUCAAGAAGGUAAAUUAGGAUUCCUGAAGCAUGGCGAUGAAAAAUGGAAACUUGUGGAUGACAAAAAUUUCUACUACGAUGAUGUUAUUGUUUUCAAGGGUCAGUUUUAUGUUACUGAUAAAUGGGGAACUAUUUCAUGGAUUGAUGUUUCUUCCUUGAAGUUGAUACAAUUUUCGCCUCCUUUGUGUGGCUUGGGAAACAAGAAACAUUUGGUGGAAUCUUGUGGGAGUCUUUAUGUUGUUGAUAGAUACCAUGAAAGUAGUGAAAACAUGAGAAGAAACUAUGCUGGAAGACAGCGCAAUCGAGAUGAAAUCGUGGAAUGUUUCAAAAUUUAUAAGUUGGAUGAAGAAUGGGGAACAUGGGUUGAUGUGAAAAACUUAAGAGAUAGAGCUUUCAUUUUGAGCAAAGGUUGUAACUUUUCGGUUUCGACUAAGGAACUAAUUGGAUAUGAAGGGAACCGCGUCUACUAUAGGGAUCAUUUUGAUGUUCGUAUGUAUAACUUGGAUGAUCAUAGAAUAACUAUGGUUAAUUUUAAUCCUUGCAUUGACAACAUUUUGUGGUCUCAUUCACCUUGGCUGAGAUCUUGGUUCAAAGCAUAG